UUUCCACAAGUAUAUAGUAAGCCUUGCAAGUGGGAAAUCCUUAGCUCUCAGUUUUUUCGAAGUGAGAGUUAGCUGAUAACAUUUCCUACAAUUAAAAUUUGUCAUAUAUCCUGGAAGCUAUUGGUAUGGCGUUUAAUAGCUGGUUUUCGCUGCCUGUCGUCAAGGCCGAUGACGACGAUAAGGAGUUAGUUGAUCCGCAAGCAGCCCUUAGGGAGAAGUGCCAGGCCAAAGGUCACAUUGGGUCCCUGUACAACAAGUAUCAAGAGUGCAAUGAUCGCGUGAAUGGCAAGUCGAAAACAACUGAGACGUGCAUGGAGGAAUUGUUCGACUUCGUUGCUGAGUUGGAUCAUUGCGUUGCUCACAGUCUUUUCUCGAAACUAAAAUAAUUUCAAAUUCAAGAACGAAUAUUCGCGAUAAACACUGCUUUAAAAUAAAAUUGGCAAAUAAAUAAAGGUAUCAAUUCAAAACGAAAA